CGUUGCGGCCGACAAUCGGACCCGUGAAUGCUGGCUGAUGAUUAACAAUUUUGCCUUGUCAUCAUUGCAGCAGGUCUACAGGAGCUGGCAGAACAACCGACUGUCAACCCCGCACACUCGGUAGUCAGGAAGCCGUAGACCCAGAGCAACAAGCUUGAAGUCAUAUCAACAUACCAACACCUCAUUGUGUAGCCCGUGCCGCAAAAACCGAAACUCUCGUCACUGGGAUCGAGCUUGCAGGUCAACAGCACAAUGUCGGAGAACCCUAAGAAGACUCAGACGUCUUUCAGCGUAUCUGGCAAAACUGCCAUUAUCACUGGUGCUGGAUCAGGCAUUAACCUCUGCUUUGCCGAGAUUCUUCUCGCCCGUGGCUGCAAUGUCCUUAUUGCCGACAUAUCUCUGAGGCCCGAAGCAGAGGCUCUUGUCUCCAAACACCGAGACGCCGACAGCAAGCCCCGUGCCGUCUUCGCCGAGACAGACGUAACCUCGUGGCCGGCGCUUUCCCGCAUGUUCAACACCGCCAUCGCCGAGUUUGGGGGAUUCGACAUCUUCUGUCCCGGGGCUGGCGUGUAUGAGCCGCACUGGUCGAACUUCUGGCAUCCGCCGGGAUCGGCCGAGAGCAAAGACACUCUGGACGGCGGGCGGUACGCUCUGCUCGACAUCAACAUCACGCACCCGAUCCGCUCGACGCAGUUGGCCAUUUCUCACUGGCUGCACCCGAAGACGGCCGACAAUGCCGUCGUCCCCUCUGUGAUCAAAGCCUCCCCCGAAAACCCAAAGAGGAUCGUCCACAUCUCAUCCGUCGCGGGCCAGGUGCCGAACUUCAACGCUCCACUUUAUGCGGCCUCCAAAUUCGCCAUCACUGGUUUUGUGCGGAGUCUGGCCCGGCUGGAAGCGACUGACGGGAUCCGAGUCAACGCGGUGGCGCCGGGCGUCGUCCGUACGCCGCUCUGGACCGAGAACCCUGAGAAACUCAUCAACUUGGACGCAAGUCAAGACGGCUGGGUCACUCCUCAAGAGGUGGCAGAGGCCAUGUUGCAGUGUGUCGAGCAAGAUUCGCUUGUUGGAGGGUCCAUUCUGGAGGUGGGAAAGGGCCACACCCGGUUGGUCGAGGUGUUCAACGAUGCCGGUCCAGACAGAGACCCGCAGAACGGCUUGAUGGCGAGGAACGUGUACAAAGGGACUGAGAUGAUACUCUCCUGGCUCAAGGAUGCAGCCAAAUGGGCUGUUGGUAGAGACUAGAGAUGAGUGAUUGCUCUGCGUUAAGCCUGCGUUUGUAUUUCCCGCCGCAUGAGUAGUCGGGCGCACUGUAACUUUUGUCUUUCAACUGCUCGUUGCAAUGUUCGACGUGUUUCAAACCGCGAAUUUCGCAUCUAGCCUGGUCUGCUGAUUCCAUGUAGUAGUCGUGGCGCAUGGAGCAAUGGUAAGUUGUUGGCCCCGCCGUCGAUUCUGGAGUUCGGGUUCGAAAAGAGUAUAGAGGACCGAUCGUAUUACGAAUGAUUAGUUCGGUUGCAAGUUGACAGCAAGAAGUAGUUGAGGUGGUCUCGUGCUUCAACACCCUUCAACACCUUCUCGGUCUCGGGUCGCUUUAUAACCCCAGUCGAGAAAGCUCGGCAUGAAAUCAUUCCUCCAACUAUCCGAGCCGACCAUACGAACCUCCGGUUGAUUAGACUUCCCGUCACAAAUGUGGAGCGAAGUUUCUAUGCGUGCACAUGGAAUGCUAGUAUUCAUCGGGUUGUUGCACCUGUCCUGAAGGAAGUUACGUAAAUGACAAGCCAUCAAGACCGAAGGCAAGUAAUCUUAUCCUUCUGUGCGGGACUACAAUGCCGUUGGCCAAUAGCUAGCAGGACGACAAUUAUUUGACGGACCAUCAUGGAACGUUAAAGUCGAGUAGAGACUCAUGACAAGCCCUGAUUGAAAAAAGGGGUCUCUUU